CCACAGGGAGGGCCCCCCUCAGGAGACAAACCCAAACGCGAGGCCAUUCUUGACCUCUCCAAAUACGUGAAUGAACGUAUCAGAGUCAAGUUCACUGGCGGCAGGGAAGUUACCGGUGUGUUGAAGGGCUACGAUCAGCUGCUGAACCUCGUGUUGGAUGAAGUACAGGAGGAGGUACAAGAGCCAACACCACACACACGGUCUCUAGGACUUACAGUCCUGCGUGGCCCAACGAUAACGCUCCUCAGUCCUGUCGACGGCCUCGAAGAGAUCGCCAAUCCCUUCGCAGCCCAGGAGUAG